AUGACCGUUUCUGAAGAUGAAUCAGAUGAUGAAGAAACAAAGAAAUCAUUAAGCAUCAUCAUAAGAUUGGCUAAAGAGCUAGAUGAAGACAAACCGGUAAACGUUGCAUAUAGUUUACCUGCGGAAGGUCUCGAAGGAGAAGAUUUUAAAUGGCCUAACGAGAAGGAUGAUGCCAAAGAUAAUGCCAAUGCAAAGAAGGGUAAAAGCAAGUGUGAUGCAGCAGAUGUGAGCCCUGGCAGAAAGAGAAAAGCAAAGAGAAAGAACUUAGAGAAUGACAAGGGACAAACAUCAGAGAAUAUCACUCCUCUUACUAUGGCCGACAUGCAAGAACUUAUUGACAACUCAGCAGAGUUUGACGCCAAAUUCACUUGUUUACUGCAAAAUCAAGAUGGGGCUAUUAAAAAUGACUUAAGAGAUAUGUCUGAGACGCUAAUUGUCCUGUCCGAGCAAAUUGUUGUAUUGAAGUCUCAACAAUCUGCGGUCAAUGCUGAGACUGAAGUUGGCUCAGUUGCUAAAGACAUUUUAGCUAUGACUAAAAAGUCUUCAAAUCAGUCCACGACAAUGACACAUAGGGCCAAGGGUACUACUUCCGCUUCUCUCGAGAAGGCAACUGACGAUCUCCAUGAGUCCGAGAAACGUCUUCCAUCAUCUAUCCAACCAACUACUUCACGAUCGGGAGCACAUAUGGCGAAGGAUACUCUUGAUGCUGAUCUUCAGAAGACAACUACCAAUCCCCCUGUGAUCGAGAAAGAUGUUGCACCAUCUUUCCAACCAGAUAAAUCACCAUCAGAAGAAGGAGCACCUAACGAUGCCCAUGUCAUUAAGAAAGGUGGUGCACAACCAAAAGAAACUGCAAUUGCACAGUAA